AUGAGGAGUUCAACGACGGUUCUGGCCUUUGUGUCAUACGGGAGUUUUGGGAUUGCGGCAGCGAAGCCCAUACAAGAGCACAAGCCCGAGCUUCUGAAUAGCUUUCACGGCUUUCAGAUUGAAGAGCCGUAUUCGCCGCCGUUUUAUCCCUCGCCAUGGAUGAAUCCUCGUGCUGAAGGCUGGGAGGAUGCGUAUCAGAAGGCGCUUGCAUUUGUCUCUCAACUGACGUUACUCGAGAAGGUCAAUCUGACGACGGGUGUUGGUUGGGAAAACGGACCAUGUGUAGGAAAUACCGGAUCGGUCCCUCGCCUUGGCUUCAAGGGGCUUUGCUUGCAAGACUCUCCUCAAGGUGUGAGAUUUGCCGACUAUGCAUCUGCUUUCACGUCCAGUCAGAUGGCUGCUGCCACAUUUGACAAGACGGUUCUUUAUGAGCGUGGUGUUGCCAUGGCUCAAGAGCACAAGGGCAAGGGCAUCACGGUGCAACUGGGCCCCGUCGCUGGCCCUUUGGGCCGCGCCCCUGAAGGAGGCCGAAACUGGGAAGGAUUCUCGCCCGAUCCCGUCCUGAACGGCAUUGCGAUGGCCGAGACCAUCAAGGGCAUGCAAGAUACCGGAGUCUUGGCCUGCGCGAAACAUUAUGUUGGAAACGAACAAGAGCACUUCCGACAAGCAGGCGAGUCUGCCGGGCAUGGAUACAACAUUGCUGAAUCGAUCUCGUCGAACAUUGACGAUCGUACUAUGCAUGAAAUGUACUUGUGGCCUUUUGCUGAUGCCGUACGUGCUGGAGUGGCAUCUUUUAUGUGCUCCUACAACCAGAUCAACAACUCGUACGGAUGCCAAAACAGUCACACUCUAAACAAACUCCUCAAGAGCGAGUUGGGCUUCCAAGGGUUCGUGAUGAGUGACUGGCAAGCACAACACUCUGGAGUAUCGUCGGCGCUGGCCGGGCUCGAUAUGACAAUGCCAGGAGAUACUGAAUUCGACACCGGACUCAGCUUUUGGGGAUCCAAUCUCACUAUUGCGGUUCUGAACGGCACCGUGCCCGAGUGGAGGAUUGACGAUAUGGCGAUGCGGAUCAUGGCCGCUUAUUUCAAAGUCGGUCUGACAAUUGAAGAUCAGCCUGACGUGAAUUUCAACUCAUGGACCUACGAUACCUAUGGUUACAAAUACUUUUACAGCAAGGAGGGUUACGAGAAAGUGAACUGGCAUGUCGACGUGCGUGCAAACCACGCCCAACAGAUUCGUGAGACGGCCGCAAAGGGAACUGUGCUUCUCAAAAACACCAAUGGUGCUCUUCCGCUGAAACGACCUUCCUUCGUCGCCGUUGUUGGCGAAGAUGCGGGUCCAAAUCCCAAGGGUCCGAAUGGGUGUCCUGAUCGUGGCUGCGAUGAGGGAACCCUGGCGAUGGGAUGGGGAUCUGGCUCGACCCAGUUCCCGUUCCUUGUUACUCCAGACUCUGCGAUUCAAGCCAAGGUCUUGGAGUAUGGUGGCCGAUAUGAGAGUAUUUUGGACAACUACGAUGAAAGUGCCAUCUCCGCACUGGUCUCGCAGCCUGAUGCUACUUGCAUCGUCUUUGGCAACUCGGAUUCUGGCGAAGCUUUCAUCACCGUCGACGGCAACUGGGGGGAUCGGAAUAACCUCACUCUUUGGCAAAAUGCCGACGCGGUGAUCCGCAAUGUCAGUGCUCUGUGCAGCAACACCAUUGUCGUCCUUCACACUGUCGGCCCUGUGCUGUUGACCGAUUACUAUGAGCACCCCAACAUCACAGCCAUUGUCUGGGCCGGCCUACCUGGCGAAGAAUCAGGGAAUGCUCUUGUCGAUAUCCUCUGGGGCGAUGUCAACCCAGCCGGUCGCACGCCAUUCACAUGGGCCAAGAGCCGUGAAGACUAUGGCACAGACGUGAUGUAUGUGCCCAACAACGGCGAACAGGCACCCCAGCAAUCCUUCUCCGAAGGCAUCUUCCUUGACUACCGGCAUUUUGACCAAGCUGGCAUUGAUCCCAUCUACGAGUUCGGCCACGGUCUCUCAUAUACCAAUUUCUCAUACUCUGACCUCCGCAUCGUCACCAAACACGUUCGUCCCUAUCGACCCACGACAGGCAUGACCACGCAAGCACCUAUCAUCGGACCCCUCCCCAGCCCAAACCUCACCGAGUAUCAAUUCCCUGCUACUUUCAAAUACAUCCCGGCCUUUAUCUAUCCCUACCUCAACAGCACAGAGUCCCUCCGCGCCGCCUCAAAAGACCCUCACUACGGCAGCACCGCAUUCAUUCCCCCUCAUGCCCUCGACAGCUCCCCACAGCCUCUCAACCCAGCGGGUGACCCCAUCGCCUCCGGCGGUAACAGUAUGCUCUAUCAGGAGCUCUACGAAAUCACCGCCAAAAUCACCAACACCGGCAAUCUAGCCGGUGACGAGGUUGUCCAACUGUACGUCAACCUCGGUGGCGACAAUCCUCCUCGACAGCUUCGAGGAUUUGACCGAAUCCACCUCCUGCCCGGCCAGAGUAAGGUGUUCCGAGCGACGUUGACACGUCGGGACUUGAGUAAUUGGGACGUUGCGGCGCAGAAUUGGCGCAUCAUCAGGUCCGCCAAGGAGGUUUAUGUCGGACGCUCAAGUCGAGAUCUGCCCUUGAGCGCGCGAUUGGAGUCAUGGUAA